AUGGCCGAAGGUCUGAUCCCUUACGUCUACAGGGCAAUCAAGAGGUCCAGGAGUCGCCGGAAGUAUGAGUGUAUAACGUUGGGAAGGGUCCAGACUUUCCCAGCUUAUAACUAUGGUGAGUUCCCUGCUACCAGCGGACACUACUAUCUGGGGCCACCGCCGGAGAAGAUGGAAGCUGGACUCCAUGAACAGCCUGGUCCCCGACGAUACAGGUCUAUGGGAGGUUUCUCCAGUGCCCGGUUCUACCCAAAAGAGGACAAAGGUCCUGGUUUAUCCAAGGAUAUGGUGCGUUUUAGCAGCAAUCGUUUUCUCUCUUGCAUCACUGGUGCAUAA